AUGGCCAUCUUCGACUCCGAAAAACGCCCCCGCGGUCUGCGCGUCCCAUCCCUCACGGCUAUGAAAGCCGGGACUGCCGCCUCAGUAUCGCAAUUUUCUUUCCACAGAACAAAGUCCAACGAAGCGCAAACUCCGGAAGAGAAACCCGCUCCUCCCCUGCCAGUGCCCUCCUCUACUGGCUUCCCUGCACCUGCUCCUCCUCCAACAAAGCAACUACCACCACCUCCCCAGGGUAGUUCCGGUCCUAAGAAGGAGCUCCCUCCACGGCCGCGCAUCACUUCCAAAGUCCCUCCGCGCCGGGCUGUCGGAAGCACCAAAGGUCGUCCUAGUGAGACUUCUCCUACCUCUGCCACAUCUCAGGGUCAAGGUCAAGGAAUUCGACAGGCGUCGUCUCCUAUCAUUUCAUCUUCCCCGCCAAAUAAAGAACAGCCGUUGCCGCCGACUCCGUCUCUAGGUCUGCGCCAAGCUGCUCCUGCUCCUAGUCCAGCUCCGACUUCACCCCAACCAGAGCAGGAAGCUGCAUCGCCUGCUACUAUCAAGGCUUCCAAUCAGGGUCUCCGACACACGGAGCCUUCUCCUUCUACUGUCACACCUACCUCGCCCCAGCUGUCCAAGCCGCUGCCUGCACCAGUACAGCAAGUACAGCAACCACUCCCACCAACACCCCCAGUCGGACCUCAAAGCACAGGGUCUCCAGAACCGACUGCUCCAGCUCCAGCUACAGCUCCAACUCAAUCCCACCAACCACCAGUCCAGCAAAACCUCCCACCAACCCCACCACCCGUCACCCUCUCCCCACCCCCAACAGACACAGCAUACGCAGACGAAGAAACCGACGCCCUAACACCACUGGAAGACUUCAUCCCAACCCCAGAUGGCUCAAGCACCCCAUUAGACCUAGAGCAAAUGUCCAGCAACGAAGCAGCCCCGCCAGGCCCGGGUCCAGGUCCAGCCCACCCACCAACUUUGCACGAUAUUGUCGAUAUCCCCGCCCCACCACUGAAUAAAGUCCACCACGCCUGUUUCCAGGAACAUCGGAAUAUGCCGAUUGCGCAGAAUGUGUGGUGCCCUGUUCCAUGCAUGACGUGUCAUAAGAAAGAUCAGGAGAUUCGGCAUCGAUGUGUGUUUUGUUCGUUACGGGUUUGUGAGGGGUGUUUCCGCUCGUUGCAGAAGAUUAAGGGGAGGGGAUUAGGGGGGGUUUUUGAAGACGCUUGA